AAUCUGAUCUCAUCGUCUCCCCAAAUCACGAAACCACCUGUUCAUCAUCACUAUGCACAGAUUCAAACUCCAUCCAUCCGUCGAUUGAAAACCAAAUCAACAUUCUUUCUUCGUAAGCCAACAAAUUUGAUGAUGAUGAUAUCCUCAUCCUCAUCCUCAUCCUCACCAUCUUCAUCUCCAUCUUCAUCUUCAGCAGUACCGUCGCCAUUAAUCCCUACAAUCAUCCUCCUCUUGUUAUGCCUUCCAGCUCUCUUUUACUUAGCGCCACACAUCCUCCCUCCUCCGCCAUCUCCACCCAUCUCCUUUCCCGACGAACUCGACGAUCUUUCUCUUUUUAGGAGAGCAACUGCCGUGGAAUCACACGCGAAUAACCCGUCUAAACCUAAAUCCCAUCUCGGAGCCACCAAUUCUAAACCCAAAAUCGCCUUCCUCUUCCUCACAAACUCCGACCUUCACUUCUCCCCUUUAUGGGAACGCUUCUUUAAGGGCAACAGAUCUAAUCGGGAUCUCUACACUUUGUAUGUCCAUGCGGACCCAACUGUUAGGACCAAAAUCAACAUCCCUGGUGGCGUUUUUUCUGAAGAUCGAUUCAUUCCUGCUAAGAAAACUCAUCGGGGCACCGCCACUCUCGUCUCCGCCGCUCGACGCCUCCUUGCCACCGCACUACUGGAUGACCCAUCUAACGCAUUCUUCACGCUUAUCUCCCAGCAUUGCAUACCCCUUCAUUCUUUCAACUUCUUUUAUGAUACCCUUUUCGAAGUUAAAUCGCAUCAAGCAGCCGAAUUGAGACACUUGAAGUACAAAAGUUUCAUCGAAAUAAUCUCUAAAGAUCCCAAUAUUUUGAAGAGAUACAACGCCAGAGGGAAAAACGUGAUGGUUCCUGAAGUGCCAUUUGAUAAAUUUCGAAUGGGUUCACAGUUUUUCACACUGACGCGGCGGCACGCACUACUGGUGGUCAGUGAUCGGCGGUUAUGGAAGAAAUUCAAGCUGAAUUGUUUGACGCCGCAAUCGUGUUACCCUGAAGAACAUUAUUUUCCUACGUUGUUGUCCAUGGAGGAUCCAAAAGGCUGUACAAGUUAUACAUUGACUCGUGUGAAUUGGACUAACAGUGUUAAUGGACACCCACAUACAUAUCAUCCUCCGGAGGUGUCGCCGGAGCUGAUUUACAAGCUCAGGCGAUCGAAUUUCACAAAUCCUUACAUGUUCGCCAGGAAGUUCUCGCCCGAUUGUUUGGAACCUUUGAUGAACAUGGCCAAAGAAGUCAUUUUCCGGGACUGAAGGCUUUUGUGUUAUCCGUCACGCGUGUGUCGAGCCCAAAGUGCUGCUGAAAACUGUUUCAAGAACGAUGGUGAAGUUUUGGUGUCUAAGGGAUUCAUGCCAAAAAGCAGAAACCAGUAUAAAUGGUCAAGCAAAUUAUGAAGAACAAGAAGAACGCGAUGAACAACCAAAGAUGUGGGUAGUGGAGGGUGAAAAUUGGCUCUGCUAGUCCCCAGCACCUGCAGAUUGAUGUAGCUAAGUGUUUUUUGGCUUUUGACUGGCUUCUUCUCCAUUAGUCUCAAGUGUGUUACUCUUUCCUUUGUUCAUAUGAGUUUCAACACUCCAUUUCUUUGACAAAUUUUUUUGGAGUAAAGUUACGUAUUUGUCCGAUCGACUUUAUUUAUCUUGUUAUUUUUUAAAAUUUAAGAAUGGUAUCAAAAGUUAUAUUUUUG